AUGGCCAACGAUAUCCCCUGGUACAUUCACCUCCCCCUCUUCCUCCUCUUCCAGCUCCCCAACUACAUCGGCAUCGCCGUCUGGCAGCACUUCUACACAAAGACCACCAUCUACCCCGCAUGGAGCCCCGCCCGCUCCACAAACACACGCACCGACAUGCGCGGCGAGUUCGCCGGCAUCCUCAUCUUCAGCGCCCUGUCCGGCUUCAGCCACCUCUACGCCUGCAUCAAGAUCCUGCUCCUCCCGCUCAUCAUCGCCUUUGACGACAACGAGCUCCCUGGUACUCGCUCACCAACUAGAAGCGUCAUGUUUGUGGCCCCGUUUGUCACCCCCGAAUGGAGCUGGAAGAGCACCUACAAGAACGCCUGCAAUGGAAUGGACCUCUGGGUCCAUCUCGACACCCCCGGCGUGCGCCAGGCCAACGAAGUAACAUUCGAGGACCGUCUCGCGGGGACAAACUUCAGCAUGGUGAUGAGCCCGGACCCUGUCGCGGCGGGCUACGACGCCAAGGGCCUCUACAACUUCAAUGUCACCAGCACUGGCGCUGGCGCACCAGAGUGGACACGGGUCGAGUACAAUGUCGAGUUCGGCUGGUACACCAUCUAUACGCGCAACAGCAGCAUUGUCUCCCACGGGCUGUUUGAGACGGGGAAGCAGUUCCGUCUGCCUGAGAUGCACUUGAUGGGGGAUUUGGGGCUGUUUGAGAGUCGCUGUGUGUUUGACCCGACGGUGCAGAUCCGGGAUGCGCGUGAGAGGGAGGGGGAGGUAUUGGUCAAGACGGUGCAGUUUAAGAUCUGUGGCGGGCUGGUGGUGUGUGCGAAGGAGAGUGUUGGGAAGGAGGUGGCGGUACCCGUUGGGUUGUUGAUGUUGGGGAGGGCGAAGCGGGGCGGGAGGUGCUGUCAGUCGAGGUAUAGGGUACCUGGCGUUGAGGGGAGGGAUUAUCAGUAG